CAAAGUUCCGUCAAAUGUUUCAACGGCUCUUGAGCACGGACGGCGAGGUUCCUCUUGGUGGUUUGUUUCAUUUCGGUCGACCACUGGAUGCCCCCUGAAGACGUUGCGCUGCGUCGAUGCGCAAUUCCACCUCGGAGUUUUACCGACGUGACAUGUAACCUCGCUCACAGAGCUAGUGGUGGUCGGCCCUACGGAGGGAAGAGUUUUCAUGGUGAUGGGAGCAUAGAGGAAGAGAGGGGAAACUUUACAUGUUGUGGCAGAGGGAAACACAUGAAAAACACAUGCGAGAAUAUUGUUUCGAUUUCCAUGUGUGAGUGAGGCCCGAGGGCCCGAGUUUUGAGCUCUACCUGACUUCCAGGUUCCAGGUUGCCCCGCCCUCCCCGCAUUCUGCUCGUCAAUGGGCCCGGUCGCCUGAACCGGCAGCCCAAGCGUUUUCCCAGGGGUCGCGAUCGGGUCAGAGUUCAGUAGGGGAUCCCACGGGCCGUCACCCCUUUCUGUGUCGAAUGGCCUUCCGCUGUCGACGCUUUUCCCGGUCACCUCAAACGAUUGGCUUGGGACACUUGUCCUGCAACGGCAGGUGCACGUUUGAUUAUUUCUGCAGCACCAUUUCUUAUCAUCCACCCAGCUGCUGUACGUUGGUGCUUGAGGCAGGACACCGGACAGGACAUCGCACGGGAAAAAAAAAAAAAAAAACACUCGGACCUGGAAUCCGCAGUUGGAUGCUUCAAAGAGCAACGGUGACCGGAUGGUGGGGCCCGGAUUGAGGGUCCCCUGGGGCUGUAGGGCCUGGUCUGAAUGGGCCGAGAUGGAUGCGAACCACUGGCGCCGGCCAAGCGCGUGGCGAGCUGGCUGACCCUGGGCUUCUUGGGGACGAGAUGGAGGGGUGCAACAGCAUUGGGUGAUGGGAGAUCGGGGCCAAUUCUCUCGCAGGCUGACAUGCAUAUCCGUACCAUGGGACGCUGCGUGCGUGCGUGUUCCCUCCAAGCUCCCGUCCUGACUUGUUGAUUGUUUAUUUCUAUAUCCUCUGCACCUCCGCCUGUUGUGCUGCCCUGAUCCCCACGACCGGUGGCCACGACCGAGUUGCAGCAAUGGAUCCAAGUGCUGGACAACGAUUGGACUGGGUGUCCAUGAAUACUGGUUGCUUCGCCGCCAGCAACGCCGUUGCGAGGACCUCGCUUGCCCUGAGCAAGUUUGUCCGCGAAGUGCGCGAGUCUCGGUCGGAGCUGGACAGCAUCUCCAGCGAGCUCCAUUCGCUCGAUGGCGUCCUCCAGCUCCUCCGCGACGAUGCCGCCUCCUUUCCGCCGUUCUUGGCCGAGCAGACCCCGAGUGCGCUCGACUGCUGCCUGACCCUGAUCAACGAGCUCGAAGGGUGCAUAUCUGUGCUCAACCGACCCGGCGUCUCGAGGGCGGACAAGAAGGCCCGGUGGAUGGCGAGCCGUGAUCACAUCAACAGGCUGCACUGGACGCUGGGACGGUACAAGGACGCGCUGGGGCUGGCUGUUGACUUUGUUGACGCAAGCAAAGCCCAAAAUGACAACGACGCAAGCUCCGAGGACGUGGACGAGUUGGCCGAGGUGGCAGCACGAAUCAUCUCAACCUCGUGCGAACCACCGCUGGAAAUGCGCCCAAACAGAGCCCUCACCACACUGCAGCAGUAUUUCGACACACUGCGCGAGUAUGCCAACCUCUCGGCGCCCCCAUCGGCGAGAAAGAAGCCUGAAAGCCAGCCGAAGCCACCACCGCAAGCAGCCGAGGCCCCUGACAGCGCCAUCGAGAUGAGCUGCGACGAGUCGUCCUCCUUCUUGACCAAGAAGCAACCCUUGAAAGCACCACCACGACCCAGCAGGCCAGACGCAGUGGACGGUACGUUUUUUGACGAAAUGGACGAGUUUUCCGGGGAGCUUCACGAGAUGCCGCCAAACAUGAUGCCCAUUCGCGAUGUGCGCAACCGCGUACCGCCACCACCACCACCACGAUCAACGUCUCGACUGGGAAGCUCGUCGUCUGCCAUCCCCAACUUUAGCCACAAUCAGCACCCGCAGCACACGCGACAGGCCCCUAGCAUCUCCGAUACCGACAGCAACUACUACGGCUCCCUGUCCCACGCCGGCAGCAGCGUUGCCUCGAGGGCAAGCGGGCAGAGCAGCAACAUGAGCUUGAACCACAAGGACUCAAUGUCUCGAAUCCGGAGCUUCUCCCCUCCAGCCCUGCACCCAGUGUCGGAGCACAUCCUCGCCCAGCACGGCCACCCACCACCACAGGGAAGCCAGCAGGGAUAUUACACCUCUUCGCAUGAUCACUCCUCCCAAAGCGGCGACUCCAACUCGUUUCACGGGUCGGAAUCGAGGCGCUCGAGCGGCAUGAACCAGUCUGUUCACUCCCUCUCUCGGUACUCUGUGUUUGAGAAUCCCCGAGCGGAGAUCCCCAUGCCGCCACCUGUCCCUGCGCUGCCGCCAAUGUCAUUGUCUGGCAUGACACGCCCGCCAACCCCCUCAAGCUCCAACUUUAUGUUUUCCCCUCCGCAGAGUCCAUACAUGCCCACCGGGAAUCGAGACAGGGACUCCACGAGCACCAGCGGCCUGAGCGGGAAGAGGAGCUCGUCCAGGUUAGGCACCGCCUUUUCUCGCCUCGGCCUUCGGUCCACCAAGCAUAGCCAGCCUGCCACACCAACACACUCACACAACCCCUCCGCCUCGACUCCUUCUCUUGCAGAGUCGCUGACCUCGACAAAUGUGUUUGGAGUACCGGUUGCCCAGUCCAUGAAGGUUGCCAAGGGAGUAGCCUCGACGUCCCACGAAGGAGGCUCGGCAGGCGGCAAGAGUGCGCGGGACUACCCUCUUUGCAUCCUGCGUUGCGUGUACUACAUCCGGGACAUGGGCUUGGCGGAGUGCCCGCAUGUUUUUGGUCAAGACGGCGACAGCUAUCGAGUGUCUGACCUUCGGGAGAUCUUCAACACCCCACAGACUGGCUACGGCAAGGUGCUGGACUGGAGGGACUUUACUGUCUACGAUGCUGCCGACCUGAUUCUUGUGUAUCUAAACGAACUGCCUAAGCCGCUUGUUCCGGAUUCGUUGGCCAAGAGGUGGAUCAAGCUGAGCAAGCAGUCGAAUGUGGCGGGAAGCAUGGCGCUGCGAAUAGACCAGGGCAUUGACUUUUGGGAGGAGGCACUCAUGGGCAUCAAAGGCCCGGAGAGGAGCCUCUUCAAGUUGCUGUUGACGCUCUGGGGCGACAUAGCCGACCAGGCCGAGAGGAACGAAAUGACAGCUGAGAGGCUAGCUGGGAGGGUCAUGAGGCCCCUGCUGCACUUUGUGCCAGUGAGCGCCAUGGGGAAGGCGGCGGCGAAGCAGGCGCAGUAUGAGACAGAUUUGUUGCUAGGCAUUGCAUUCAUGAUCAGAAAGAGGAGCGAGUACAAUGCCGAGCUGAAGAAGAAUGGGGGGAAGGCUGCGAAGCCAAAAGGACUUCCGCCUGGGUUUUAG